AUCAUAGUAAGUUCUACUUGUAAGUAAGUAAAACAUUUCCUAACUGUUUCCCCUUACAUUUCCACAAACACGUGACAAGCUUUAAAAAUAAUUUAUUCCAUGUAACUUGUUCACGUUUCAUUUAGAGAAAUUUUAAAGUCAAAAUAGUGUAUCUCUUUCCUUUAUCUCGGAAACUAAGAAAGGUUUAACCAUGGAUAGUAAACGGUUUAACGUAUUGCCGAAUUUUUUCCCCAUAACACAGCCAUAACCUGAUGAAAUAUGAUUAUUGUUGCAACUUUUCAGCGGGCGAGGGGGAAAAGGCGUUGAGGAGAGGAGUGAGCGCGGGGUUCGAUAGCUGUACUAUAAAUUUGUAUCUUUGACAUUAUUUCAAACAACGUUAACAAAUAUUGUGCUACCUUUGAGCAAAAAGCACGACAGUCUGGUAGCAAAACCAUCUGCUCGGCUAGGUCCGGCUAGCUAAUUUGUUUUCUUCUUUUUCCGGCCAGUUAAAUUGCUUUACCAAAUUAAUUGCUCAUGGAUGACAUGUUUGGUAAAAAAUAAAAAGCAUAAAUUUUUUGAUCAAGGCAUUCCAGCUAGCAGUUAAACUCACGCCUACACACAGAUAGUGAGAUCGCAGCGGCAGAGUAAUGGCUACAGUAAACGUUUCUGAAGAUGGAAAGCAGAACAUUUUUACGACGGCUGAACUGCUAUACUGCUCAUCAGAUAUAACCGCUGGAAUACAUGACCAGUUUACAGCUCUCGCAGUUUUAAACGCUUUUCUGUCCAUUACGACAUUUCUUGGAAAUGUUUUGAUUCUAGCCGCUCUUCGCAAGGAGUCUUCCCUUCAUCCGCCGUCCAAAGUCUUGCUGAGUAACCUUGCAACAACUGAUCUUUGUGUUGGUCUUAUUGUAGAGCCUCAGGCUGUUAUUUUUCUCAUGUCUGCGGUAAAUGAGAAUUGGGAGAUAUGUCGCUACGCAGUAGUCGUCCUUUUUAUCACAGGCAUUACUUUGUGCUCAGUGUCUCUGUUGACACUCACUGCGAUAAGCGUGGACAGACUUCUCGCCCUGUUGUUGGGGCUGAGAUACAGACAAGUUGUAACUUUGAAGCGAGCCUACCUGAUCGUUGUUACAUUUUGGGCUGUAUCCACCAUCUUUUCAGCAAUGCAGUUUUUUAAUAUCUUUAUCGCCUUGUGGUGUGGAAUUAUACUUAUAUUAUUUUGUUUAGUAACUUCAACCUUUUGUUAUACAAAGAUUUUCCUCACCCUCCGCCAUAAUCAAAACCAAGUACAAGAACAUGUUCACCAAACGAACCAAACAAAUCAAUUGAACAUAGCGCGAUACAGGAAGGCAGUGUCCACUGCACUGUGUUUAAAGUUCACGUUACUCGCUUGUUAUCUGCCACAAGUAAUAUUGGCAACUUUGCUCGGCAUUCAUGCUGAGCCAUUUUCAUCAGUUUCUCUCGCGUUUGGUUUUACAACUGCUUUAGUUUUUGUUAGUUCGUCAUUAAACCCGAUUCUUUACUGCUGGAAGAUAGAGGAAGUGAGACAGGCUGUGAAGGACACAAUCAUAGAAGUACUCUGCUGUGGUGGGGAGGUCAGACGAACUGCGGCACUUGGUCCUUUAAGCUGGGGAUUGGGCGAAGGGCCGAUAACCCUUCCCUGUGAAACACCUCAUAUUACGGAAACCGCGCGGCCUUAUGCGCAACAGAGCGCGAAGAAGAUAGGUGAGGUGAGGCUCAUUCAUGCUGAGCCAUCUUCAUCUGUUUCUCUCGCUUUUAGUUCUACAACGACCUUAAUGUUCUUUAACUCCUCAUUAAACCCGAUUCUUUACUUUCGGAAGAUAGAGGAAGUGAGACAAGCUGUGAAGGACAAAAUUAAAUUAGACAAGUACUUUGCUGUUGAUUGA